AUGGGAGUAAAAGCAAAGAUAUUGCUUAAACCGGAGGCAACACCAACCAUAUUUAUGAGGCCAAAUACUGUAUCAAAGCCAAAAAGGCAUUCAACUGCUGUCAUUAUUAGGGAAAGAGCAAGACUAUUGUCUGAAAUUACUACAUCUCAUGGUACAUUGGACUCUGCAGACAGCAUUAGAGAUGAUAUGGAGACAAUUGAGCAAGAGUUGGACCAACCAACAAGUAAUGAGGAGAAAGGAAGUGCAAAUAUGGAGAAAGAAGGAUGUGUCAGAGCAAUGGAAUUCAUAAAGAACCAAGGUUUAGAUGUAGGACUGUUUGUAUCUGAUUGGCACAUACAAGUGUCUAAGUGGAUGCUUCAGGAAAUGCCUGAGACCGUUCACAAAUAUGAUGUUUUCAGAAGAAGGUUGAUAAAUUGGGAAAGCAAAAAGAUUGUGAAAGUGCUGAACAAUGGGACGCAGUAUGACUAA